AUGAACCACUCCUCGAAAACAACCCCCCAAGACUCCCACACCGGGCCUCAGUCAACAAGUGGCAAAGCCUCAGCCACCCAGACGCCGGCAAACGCCCACCUGGGACAGGACAAGCCCGGCCUGUUUGACGAGCACGGUGCCGUGGGGAAGCAAUUCACUCCUGAGGGAGCCCUCGGUGGGACAGCCCAGAAGGUGGGCGGGCCGCUGGACAAGGAGGGCAUGAUUGGCAAGCAAUUCACGACCGAGGGAAAGAUUGGAGGUGCGGUGCAGAAUAUGAUGGGCGGAACGAGCAAGAAGUCGAAUUAA